UCUGUAGUAAUAAGACCGUAUGGUGUAAAAUCACUGUAAAAUCCACGUUCCCCGACAUUUAUAUACACGAGGAAUUACAAAAGAUUUGGUUAUAGCUUAAAAACUGUUUCAGUUUUUCAACAAGCAGAAAUAAAUCGUUGCUUGGCAAGAAUAGUUGCGUCGUCUGCCGAUAUGACAAAGUUGAUAUCACUGUGAUAUUGAGUGUAAUCAGAAAUAUACUUCCGGUUGGGAAGGCGGUGAUUGCUUGAAUGUCUGUUUACUGCGUACAAAUCUUAAGUGUUCCGAGAUAAUUAGUAGCAAGAUUUGCCCUGCUAUUUGAUGUUUAUUGUUUCUAUAGGAGCAGUUUUUGCUGUCAUUUAGGUUACACUAUAGUAGUACAAUGAGUGCUAUAAAUUUUACAUCGCCGAAACCAGUACUGCGUGAUAACCGAAAGAAUUUUGAUUGGAUGUCACUGAUGGACAGUGACAGUGUUUGCUCCCAAGAGAAUUUUGCGGCGAAUUUGGUGUACGAGUUUCUCCGUAGCUACGAAUUCAAGGAAACCCUGACCAGCUUCGUAGAAGAAUGUAACAAUAUGGGUUUUGUGCUCAAUGAACCGACUACACUGAAAGAAAAAAUACAGAGGCAGGAUGUUUGUAAGAUCCAGAAAGUUUUCCUCGAAAACUCCGAUAUGGAAUUUUUCAAUAAGGAAUCUGAGAAAAUGGAAGAUCCUUCUAACACAAAUUUUUGUAAUGAGAACUCUGGACUUAAAGGAAUUGCUGUGGGGCAUGAAAAUAAUUGCAGUGAUGCCAGAGUAGAAGACAAAAGUGAAAAUGAAAUAAAUAAGAGUCACAAUGUGAAAGAGAAUUUUAUGUCUUUGGAGAACACAGAUACAAUAACGGAAUGUGGUGAUCAGAUGGAGCGCCGGCUUACAAAUGAAAUUAAAGAUAUGGAUGUUAAAAGUGACAGUUCUGUUGUGGCUAAAAAAGGGGAGUUUUGUAACCUGGAACUAAUCUCUGACAAUUGCUAUGAAAAUGAAAGUGUUAGCAGUGAAUCUGAGAUGAACAGUUACAAUGGGCAAAGUGGAAUGACUGCCUUAAAAAACUUUUUGGAAACCGAAGGAUGUGAAUUUAGUGGUGAAACAGAAUUUCUUCGAUUCUAUGCACUUCCAUAUGUUAAUGAUCCAAAGUCUCAUCCAUCAUUCCAGAAUCUAUUUACAGAUACAUGGAUUUCAGACCUAAGAGCCAAACUCAAUCAGUUCCUGUUUGAACAUAGCUGUGGACCAAGUGUUGCACCACAGUUAUUACAAGUAUGCAAUGUAUUCCACAACCACAAGGAAAACAGCAGAGGAACCACACAGUCUGUGCUACUUUCCAAAUACCAAAAGUUGCGGCGAAACUAUAACAGCUUGCGAUCAGAUCAUCAUAAUCUAAUUGGUUUGGAGCAACUUUUUAUAUUCCUGUUUAAAUGUAGUGUUUUAAGGAAAAACACACUGUGGCUUUGUUGCACAUUCUAUUGUGAUUGGAUUUAUUGGUACCUGAUAAAGGACAGUUUGUGGGGUCAUGAAGUACUGGUGUCUGGACCUACUGUAGUUAAUUAUACAGAGACUUACAUUUGGCUUGGCCAUGAACAACCAAUCAACACAAAUUUGGAGGACUGUGAAAGGUACAUAGUUGAGGCUAACACCAUCUUGGCAGCUAGUGCAAAACCAGUGAAAGUCAGUGGGUACAAGCUGUGGCUUGUUAUUGGUGACAAGAGCCCGUGGGGCUCCUUCAAUAGAAAAAAUGGUGGUCAGUCUGUUACUGGUGUGGCAGCUGAACUAACAGAUGCUUUGGAAAAAUCUGUGACUGGACAAGAGGUUGACUUAGAAAUGACAUUAACAAACUGCACAAAAAUAUAUCCAGAACUUUUCAAGAAUGAUUUGAAAAUUAGAAAUCAUCCAUAUUUGGAACCUGCACUUGGAGAAAUACAUAGACCUUUAGUUUCCCAAGGAAAAGAAAUUUCUUUGUCAAAUAUUAUGACACAUUUUGAACUUGACUUCAAAAAAAUAAAACACCAUUUGACUUCGGGAAGUGUUAAAACCAAACUGCUGCUUUUACAAGCCCUUCGUUGGCGUAUCACACAAAAUUCUCUUGAGGAACGUGAAGCAGCACUGGGAGCAUAUUCUCGACAUGAUGUUCUCUCUUUGCGACUGAAUCGGUGUCAGCUACUGGCAACACAGCUUAUACCGACAGACGUAGCUACACCACAUCCACUUCAGCAGGCAGCUGCAAGAUUACUAAAUACUUUGGCAUCACUUCAUACAGGAAGGGAUUAUCUCUGUUCAGCUGGACGCCCUCUUAUUGAUACUGUGAUUGAAUGUAUCUCGGGUCACAAUCCAGCAGUUAAUGUUGAUACUGUCACAACAGACAUGCUGCUAGCUGCAUUGCAAAAGCUGUCACUCAGACGAGAACAAAGAAUAUUCAUGAUUGAUGGGGGUCUAGUGGAGUGGCUGGUGCAAAGACUGGAAGCAACUCAGCAUACACAAAUGCGAUCCUAUGCUCUUGAGUAUACCAUGGCGCUGUUCAUGAAUCUGUGCCUUCACCGACAAGCCAGAGAGCGUUGUGUGCCAUUUGCAAGGCCAUUGGUUGAAAUACUUGCAUCCUAUCUUGGCAAUAGCUUGCUUAAGCCUACACCCUACGUGACUGGGACACUAUACAGUUUACUGGCAAACCAUCAGAUUAACCAAGAAGCCAAGAGAAGUGGACUUUGUGACAUUUUGGAGCAUUUACAGAAGCAAAGCACAGGAGAAGUGCAACAUCAGUUGGAAUGCCUUCUCAAACGUCACAAGGCCCUCCUGCCUGACCAAUAUACAUCUAGUGAAGAGGAGAUCACCGAUGAUGACACAGUAGAGCUUGACUUGUUAGAAGAUGAACUUGAUGCAGAUGAUCCAGUGACAAACAUUCAUGGUGAACUAUGUGGUGAAGCUCUUUUGUAUCAACAAUAUCGUCAACCAUUCCCUCGUCAUGGUUUGGUUUUGCCAUCGAAUACAUUACCUCAUGCAGGAGAACCUGUUUUCCGUGCUACCACACCCCAGCUGCAGCGGUCACAGGCACUCGGUCAUCCAUCAAAUGCGCUGAUAUUAGAGAACAUUGACUCAGCAACUGAUGGGGAAAGCACAAAGGAAGUUGUCACAUUUAAUGACAUACUGUCUGGUCCUCUUCAGAUGGCUGUACUUGGCUCAGAAGUGGCACAUUCAGCAGUACAAGGAACAACAGCAGCAGAAGAUUGUUCAUCUGUCUGUGAAGAACGGGAAAAUGAAUUUACAAAAGCUUUCACGUCCCGUCCACGUAUACCUCGGACACCGUCAACAGGGAAACCUUCUUAAACAGAAUUACUUUCCAUGCUAAAGGAGGACUGUUAUCAGAUCAGGAAUCAGCAGAUGUAACUGUUUUUAUCUGAUUAGUUUCUGAAAUAUUUCUGUGCAUUUUAAAAGUUUACCACUGAAAUUUUGAAAUUCAGGAAUGUAAUGUAUCUUUUAUAU